AUGGAGAAGAGACAACGAGGAGUUAGAAUUAGCCCACUGGAUGUCCACAACUACGACUUCCAUUCCAUUCUUGGACAAGGAGGAUUCGGCAAAGUUAUGUUGGCUACAUUUGCCAACCGGAAACUGGCUGUGAAGGUUAUCAAGAAGAAUCCUGAAUGCAAUUACAACAGCAUCCGGAUAGAGGCCAGUGUGCUCAUGAUGCCUCAUCUGAACCCAUUCCUUUGCCAAGGCUAUUCUACUUUUCAAACUCAGCAUCAUGUUUUCAUGGUGAUGGACUACCUCAGUGGAGGAAGCCUUGAACAUCACCUGGAUUACUACGGGAGCCUGGAGCCAGAGACAGUGCUUUUCCAUUCAGCGGAGAUUGUGUGCGGCCUGGAGUUCCUGCACAGCUGCGGCAUUGUUCAUCGAGAUCUCAAGCCUGCCAACAUCCUGCUAGACCAAGAUGGCCAUGUCAAAAUAUCUGACUUUGGCCUGGCAGUUCCAAAAAUGUUUGGCGACAAGACCAUCGGAGGCCGGGCAGGGACACUGGGGUACAUGGCUCCAGAGGUUCUGCAAAGGAAAAGAUACAAUGCUGCAGUGGAUUGGUUUUCUGUUGGAAUUAUAAUCUGUCAGAUGGCCUCUGGGGACUCCCCCUUUUAUGAAGGCAACAACAGGGAGAAGAUCAUCAGCUCUACCAUCAAUGAUGAGCCCAGGAUUCCACGUUGGCUGAAUGAGGAUAUGAAAGAUCUUCUGAGAAAGCUCCUAGAGAAGGAUCCCAACAAACGUCUUGGGGAUGGGAAUAUUAAACACCACCCAUUCUUCUCUUCUAUCAACUGGGUGGAGCUGGAAAAUAAAACCCUACCACCCCAUUUCCAGCUAAGAGCAGCACAAGCAAGGCCUUGUGGGAAAUGCAGACUUGGCCAGAAGAGCUUACUUCAUAGCGUCAGCACCAUGAAUUCUGCUAAUAAUGGUUCCUGUUCAUUAGGCCAUCUGCUGUCAAUGAAUCCCUACUGUGUUACUGAUCCUCAUCCCAUGGUAUUGCUUUUUAGCCUGGUCUAUGAGCUUUGA